GCCACGCUACUCCCAGCAUCGACUAUAAAUGAUACGGCCAGGCCGUAUCAUGUUUCCAUCACCAGCUCUCAAUCUUCAUCCACUGAAAGCAAAGCAGUACACAAACAACACCGGCCCCGAUCGGCAUGGAAGGAGGCGACGACGGCGGCAUCAGAGUCGAUGGAGACAGCGGCAUCGGGCUGAUCGGAGUCGAUGGCGUUGGCAUCGGCGUCAUCGGGGGCGACGUCGGCAUUGAUGGCGGCGGCGGAGGCGGCUUCUCCUGGACGUUCGCUGCUUCCUUGUUGGCGUUCCUGACCUUCAACUGCGGCAUGGCGGUGUGGACGUCCAGGAAGGACGCGUCCAUCGUGGCCUUCGUGGCCACCUCGUACCUGGACCUGCUUCUCCUCUUCUGCUGCCUCUGGUUCUACAACAGGGCGGCGCCGGGAUCUCCUCGGAGGAGCCGGCUCAAGGUCUCCGUCUGGACGCUCACCACGCUGCUCACCUUCUCCUACUGCUACAUGGUGCUGGGGACGGCCGCUGGACUCACUCUCCAAGUCGCGCUGCUCGUCUGGCUCAUCCCCGCCGCCACCGGAGUUGGAGCCUCCUACGCCUUCUUUGACGACUGCAGAAACAACGAGCAACCGCUGGAUCGUGGAAUCAUGCUAGCACCACCGGUGUAGCCACAGCUAGCUAGCUAGUCCGGUUAAUUCUUGGACUAUAUAUAUAGGGCCUUCUGGCCCCCUCGAUCAUGUCGUGUCCGUCCCUCGCCAGUCCUUUUCAGUACGUACGUACGUACUUCGUGUUUGUACCAAGAAGAAGAAGAUGAGCAAGCUAGAGGAUCGAUCAUCAAUACUGCGAUCUUGUCAUUUUUGUUUUCAAGGGAAUAUAUAUAUUGUCAUCUUCUAUAUGCUUCUGUUCAUCAUAUAUAGUACUUCUGUGCUCUUGUCGAUCAAUUGUCAUUUUU